UCUUCACACAGCACGCUUGUUUCCCGGUCGUUGCUAACAACUUGCUGCCUGCAACUUGGUAUGUCCACUAUCCGCUCGUGCGUUGACGCUUUCCCGCUGUAGUGGUUUCGAGAUGUGCGUAAAGAUGAAGCCGUGUCGACGCUGAGUGCUGUGGGACUGUCAGCUCCGUGCUGGCUGCAUGGUGCUCCGUGUCUCUCUGCCUGCUUUCUGACGCUUGAGGUUUGCAGUCUGGCCUCCAGCCGCGGCUGCGAAUUAACUUCAUUUCUCAGCGUCGCCUUGCUCCGAAAUCAAGGUUUCUUUUAUAAAGAUGGCGGCGAGGAGGACACUGUGAACUAAAUGACUGUCAGAAACAUCGCCUCCAUUUGUAAUAUGGGCACCAAUGCCUCUGCUCUGGAGAAAGACAUCGGCCCGGAGCAAUUUCCUAUCAAUGAACACUACUUUGGAUUGGUCAAUUUUGGAAACACAUGCUACUGUAACUCGGUGCUCCAGGCUCUCUACUUCUGCCGGCCUUUCCGGGAGAAUGUGUUGGCUUACAAAGCCCAGCAGAAGAAGAAGGAGAACCUGCUCACAUGCCUGGCUGACCUCUUCCACUCCAUUGCCACACAGAAGAAGAAAGUGGGCGUCAUCCCGCCCAAGAAGUUCAUCUCCCGCCUACGGAAAGAGAAUGAUCUGUUCGACAACUACAUGCAACAGGAUGCCCACGAAUUCCUCAACUACCUGCUGAACACGGUGGCCGACAUCCUGCAGGAGGAGAAGAAGCAGGAAAAGCAGAACGGGCGCCUCAAGAACAAUGGCACUGCCGUCACCACGGAGACCGAGACGGAGAACAAGACAGAGCCCACAUGGGUUCACGAUAUCUUCCAAGGCACACUGACCAAUGAGACCCGCUGCCUCAACUGUGAAACGGUAAGCAGCAAAGAUGAAGAUUUUCUGGAUCUUUCUGUGGAUGUGGAGCAGAACACGUCAAUAACACACUGCCUCAGGGACUUCAGUAACACAGAGACGUUGUGCAGUGAAUACAAAUACUACUGUGAGGCAUGCUGCAGCAAGCAGGAAGCACAGAAACGGAUGCGCGUCAAGAAGCUUCCCAUGAUCCUGGCACUACACCUGAAGAGGUUCAAGUACAUGGAGCAGCUGCACCGCUACACCAAGCUGUCCUACCGGGUGGUGUUCCCCCUAGAACUUCGUCUGUUCAACACGUCCGGGGAUGCGGUCAACCUGGAUCGCAUGUACGAUCUAGUAGCUGUGGUGGUUCACUGCGGCAGCGGCCCAAACCGAGGCCAUUACAUCACCAUCGUGAAGAGUCACGGCUUCUGGCUGCUGUUUGACGACGACAUUGUGGAGAAAAUCGAUGCCCAGGCCAUCGAGGAGUUUUACGGGCUUACCUCAGACAUCUCCAAGAACUCUGAGUCAGGAUACAUCCUCUUCUACCAGUCCAGGGAGUGACUGGACCUGGAUCAGGGACACAGCAGAAGACUAAAAUAGGACAAGACCUUUUUUUUUUUUUACCUUCAGCCUAACAGACCCAGACUCCUGCCAUCUCCAUCCCAUCCUGUUCCCAUCCCCCAUCCCAUCCUGUUCCGACCUCGUGCCAAUCCUCUGUCCCAUCCCCGACCUCUGGCUUUAGCUGUGCUUCAUCUUUCUCUCCAUGUAACUUGUUUCUUGCCUUUUAGUCACCUGCAUCUGGACUGCACUUUAAAAACGAAAGCAAAAAAAAAAGCUCAACAGCAUGACAAAAAAGGUGUCUGUGGAGUCCCACGCACAGUGUAGACUGGUGGGAGGAGCCUGCAGAUGUGAUUCUCCACCAGAUACGAGGUGGGGUUGAAGAGUCUGAUGCAACACAGACUGCUGUCAGAAAUUGUUGAAAUGAUUUAUAUGUAUAUAAGGUCUUCUUCCAUGAUGCGUCACCCCUGUUUAGUUCCUUUCAUUAGGGCUAUUUCCCCAUCACUGUUCAGUCCGUUGAUAUGUUCCUGUCCCUAGCAGAUGCAUGAGAAGAGAAUCAAGUUGGAGACAAACACUGUAUAAUGGCUAGAUUUCAUGCAUUUUCGAUGGUUUAGAAGCAAUAUCUGAGCACUAUUUAGAGAGCACUCACAAG